CGUAUCUUCUACAUGAACCAAUCAAUUGUUUACAGGUAUUGUUGAUGUCCAUAUGAGUAGAAAAAUAAUAAAUUUCAAAACAAGGAAAUGGAUAGUUUUUGUGCAAUAUCAAGGAGAAAUGUUUAUAUUAUAACUUUAGUUUCGUUAUGGGUAACUGGAUACAUGCAAGUGACGUUUGUCCAAGCUCACGACAUUAAAGAUUUCGAUGAUGCGAUUUUGUACAAAAUUGAUUUUGAAAUGCCAGAUUUUGAAAAGAAUCCGGAUUUGAAAAACCAUUUGAAAACGUUUCAUACACAUGAGAAGGAGAAGUACGAUUGUGUAAUUCCAACAGUAGAAGAUACUAAAGUGGAGAAGAAAACAAACGAACCGGAAUUGUCUUUACGAGCUUUAUUGGAACCUAUAUUCUCUUCUACCACUUGCAAUUACCGCAUUGAGGCAUAUUGGUCUUACGAGUUAUGCCAUGGUUCCCACAUGCGUCAAUAUCAUGAAGAACGAGAAGGUAAAACUACAAAAUUCCAAGAAUAUUAUCUUGGUAAAUGGAGCGAAGAGAAGACUGAAAAGUUAGUAAAGCAAUGGGACGAAAAUCAAAAAGCUGGUAUCAAGUUCAAAACAACGAAAAUUGAUAAUACAAGAUAUCCGUAUUUGGAGUUAGAAAUGAAUGACGGUACUCUAUGCGACAUUAUAAAUGCACCACGUACCACAGUGAUUCGUUAUGUUUGCUACCUACAUGGCAAAAACGAGAUUUAUUCCUUUAAGGAAACAUCCUCAUGUAAUUAUGAAGUUAUCAUAUUAACAUCUGUGUUGUGUAUGAUGCCAGUGUUUCAUCCAGAAGAAACAAAGGAAGUAUCAAUCAUGUGCUUUAAUUCUCCAACUGAACCUCACAAGCCGCUGAGCAUGCUACGUCAAGAACUGAACGAUUUACAAACACAACACACAAUUGAUGACGAUAUUCCAGUUACGAAAGAAGCUACGACAAUUGCACUGACACGUACUACUGCAGCAGGAGAUCGAUAUUUAUAUUUGAACAGAAUUGGCGGAGAUGUCGAUAAAUUAGCGUUGGAUAUAAUGAUGGGUGCCGGCAUUGAUAUAGACGGUUCAAGACAAAGUGCAUCUACAGGCCUCUCGGAUAUUACGCCAAUAAAAGCAUUCAUAUCUGGAAAGAAUUGUUUGACAGGCGGUUCUGGCUGGUGGAAAUAUGAAUUUUGUUAUGGUCGACAUGUGCGCCAAUUUCAUAACGACAAAAAAGUAGAAACUGAAGUAUUUCUAGGAUAUUUCAAUGAGCGGGACCAUCGGCUAUGGAUGUUCGCCCAUCCUGACAAAGUGCCAACAAAAAAUGCUCAAUCAAUAUGGCAUCAUUAUGAAAAAGGUACACUUUGCGAUCGAACUGGUUUACCACGUGAAGUGGAUGUAAAAUUAACCUGUACUCCUGUAACUCAAAGUAGCUCGUCCGUGGCGAUGUAUUUGCUGGAACCAAAAACAUGUCAAUACAUUUUAGUUGUAGAGUCUCCGAUAGUUUGUGAUCUCAUAACUGUAACUGAUGAGUUCGGUUUAGUUAACGAUGAAAAAUUACAAAAAUUACAAAAAAUGUCCAAUACAGAUAUAGAGAAUGUUAAUCUGCUCAACAAAUAUUUAGAAAAACUAUCCCAAACAGAAGACUUGGAGCCAGUUGAAGUGCCAACUCAAAUGGAACAAGUCAUUCCGGAAAAUGUAUUAGCUUAGUUUAGUUGUUGUGUAGUCAUUUAUCCUUAGCAUAAAUUUAUGAACACAAUGAGGUUUGUUAUUUUUUUUUUUUUUGUUUUUCUAAUGUA